AGGCCGCGGAGGAGCCCGGGGCAGGGCCGGCGGGCCGCGCGGCCGGGCGGCGGUGCGGACGAGCGCCCGGCAUGUCGCAGGGGCUCCCGGCCGCCGGCAGCGCCCCGCCCAGGAGCGUCGUCGCGGCGCCGGGGAACCAGUCGCAGCCGCAGAGCCCUGAGGAUGACGACAGGAAGGUCCGAAGGAGAGAGAAAAACCGCGUUGCUGCUCAAAGAAGUCGGAAGAAGCAGACCCAGAAGGCUGACAAACUCCAUGAGGAGUACGAGUGCCUGGAGCAAGAAAACACUCUGCUGCAGCGGGAGAUCGGGAAGCUGCGGGAGGAGCUGCGGCACCUGAGCGAGGCGCUGAAGGAGCACGAGAAGAUGUGCCCGCUGCUGCUGUGCCCCGUGAACUUCGUGCCCGUGCUGCGGCCGGACCCCGUGGCCGGCUGCCUGCCCCGGUGAAGCGCGGCCAGGAGCCUGGUCCUUCUCAUGCCGGCGAGCGGGGUUUCCUCCGGCCGCAUCCAGGGGCCCUGCGGCUGGGCCUCCUGCAUCGGUUCCUGUUCCCCAAGAGGCCGUGUCUGUUCUAUCUCCUCGGCUUGUUUUGUGGCUCAUGCGCCUUGGCCAUCUUCCCCCGCAGCCAGAUCCACGUUAGAGGGGGAGGCUCCUUGCCAGGCCUCCUCCUCCUCCUCGGCGCUCUGGGCCAUGCCCACCGGGGCACCGGACUCUCAGAGCCUGGAAAGGAUGGAUCCACGUCGCCCAGGUUGGGAGACCACCCUCACGACUCACUCCACUUCCACUGUGGCAGCUACGAGGUUCUGCCGUUGUGCAGAAUCGUCUUCUCUAGGAUUGGGUAAUAAAGGUAGUUAUUGUUUCUCUUUU